AUGAGCAUGUGCAUGUGCAUCACCAUGCCCAUGCUCAUGCCCGUGACCAUGCCCAUGCCCAUGCCCAUGCCCAUGCCCAUGCCCAUGCCCAUGCCCGUGUCCGUGUCCGUGCCCAUGCCCAUGCCCAUGCCCAUGCCCAUGCCCAUGCCCGUGCCCAUGCCCAUGCCCAUGCUCAUGCCCAUGCCCAUGCCCAUGCCCAUGCCCAUGGCCAAGCCUGUUCCCAAGCCUGUUCCCAAGCCUCAGCACUCCUCUGUCUGCUAA